GACCUGGGUUUUUGAGAAAGAAUGGGGAUUUCCCAGGCAGAGGCGGGGAGGAAGGUAUGGAAGUGCUUCGAGAAGCGCCAGAAAUUCCGUGUGGCCAAGGCCACGGUUUUUUCAUCUAUACCUCACCCAUCUACCUCACACGUGAGGGAACCAUCUUUGAGUCUUCAAAAGCUAAAAAGGGUAACCCUGAAAUUAAAGAAUCCAAGUUACCAAGAGGUUUCCAUCCCAAAGGCUUGGGGUAGAUUGCCAAGUCUGUGGAGGCAAGUUGGUUCCUGUUCAGAUGGCAGAGGGAUGCGAUUGGGCUGGAAGUGGAAAGCAGCAUUUGCCAGUAGAGAAGAGAAGCUGUACCGCAGGUAGUGACAGAGCCAAGGGGGCCGUCGGGGGAGCACGGAGGCUGGGCCAGAGGUGGAGAUCGGGCAGAUGGCUGUUGAACACCAGGUUGGGAUUACUGAGGGUCCUGCAGAAGCAGGGAAUUUGUGCAGCGCCAGAAUGCCGUUUCUGUGUGAUUCCAGCUCAUGUUUACGAUCUGUGCAGCUGUCAGAAACCACAAGAUGGAGACGGAAGGAUUUACCUCUUUUCUGUCCUCGUUCCACAUGCAAGUCAUCUUCCCCUCAACGCCGGCAAGAUAACUGACGUCACGCAAGUGGUCUGGGGUGACAGUGUGCAAAGGAGGAAGAUGGGAGGGUGGGGAUCCCAGGGCGGAAGUCAAGAGGCCUGUAUUUCAGCCCUACUCCCACCACUAACCCCCCUGUCUGGACCACAGAUUCUGCAUGGGCAAGAGAAAGCAUCCCCUCCAGCUUCAAACGUCUUAACAAUUUAUGACGCCUGGGAGUGUCAUUGCACUGGUGCCUGGAGGUGCAGACACAGCUCCCCCUACCGGCAGCCUCCGGGCAGUGAGACCGUGGUCACCCGCUCAGCCUGCUGGUCUCGCUGCGGAGGUGGCCCGGCUGUGGAGACCGUGCGAAAGGUUAGCAAAGGGGAAAGUGAUUUGGGGGCGCUCCCAACUCACCGCCCCGCUCUAAAGUGUAUACAGCCCUGUGUGUGCUGAAAGAAACGUGCUUAGGAUUCAGAUGGGCAAAGGUUUCAAAGGGGACAAACGGAUUAUAGAAUAAUUUAGGUGAGAGUCAGAUGGUGGAGGUCAGGGGCCGCUGGAAAGGCUUGUGCUCAGCCUUGUUAACGAAAAGCCACAAUUAUUAAAAAAUGCUUUUUAUUUUUUUAAGCGUGAAAUAUUCUCUUCAAGGCAGGUGUACAUCUAUUCUCUGAAAGUGAAAAAUAAAUUAUUCUAUAGA